ACAAUUCAUUUGUUUAUUUUCGGCGUUUUUUCUUUAAAAUUUUUUGCAUUUUCGGAAAUUUCGUACAUAAAAUUUAAGGUAAUUAAAUAAUCUGCUGCUUAAAAUGUAUUUUUAGAAAAUCAUAAGGGAUAGGUAUAGUUUAGGGAGCAAACACUGCUCGUGUCGCGUGACAUUCUUGCACACAGUUGUCUCAUUGUCUUCCAUUAUUGCCUUAUCAUCAACACUCCAUAAUACCGUCAUCUUUCGAUAUCGAAAAGAUUAUGGAUACGGAUGUUCAUGGUCCUCCGCCACCUAGAGAGAGACAGCACCCACCAGAGCCUAGAGUUCGGCAGCCUCCCCCAGAGCCGCGGCAAAGGCAGCCGCCGCCUGAGCCCCAAAGGGCUUCGGCACAUCGCCCGCCGCAACCACGCGAAAGGCAACCUCCACCACCGCCUAGAGAAAGACACGCUCCGCCGCCGCCGAAGCAUUAAACUCCAACUGGUGCGCGUGCUCGCCGGCGACAACUACACGCUCGAGACGCGCCGCCGCCAGCCCGUCACCCUCCGCGUGGUAAUUGACAUUUUUUUUCCAACGCAGUUAUCAUAUAUUUUUCCAUAUCCAAUCCUGCAAAGAUCGACUGACGUCUGUGAUGAUGUAUUUGAAAGAGCCCUUAUAUUGAUCAGUCAAGCUCCACAUUUUAUGAAUCCAUGAAAGUUAAUGAAAAACACCAAGUGUAGGACAUGUAAUGAGUCAUUUAUAAUAUGCAUGAUAUGUGUUUGUAUUGUGCAACUGGUUACUUAGGCAAUGAAUAAUCUACAACUUCAAGAUCUGUACACAGAUGAUAUUACAAUACAAUAGAAUUAAGUAUGGGCAUUUGAUAUUCAUAAUUAAAUUAACUUUGGCUGUGUCAAAUUGACUUGGAUUUAAAGUAAAAAAAUAUCACUAAAGUUUUUAUGAACAAAAACUUUCCAAAUAUUUUUAUAAAAUAUUAUAUUGUUACCCACAAGACUAAUCUGUUUGUGAUAACGACUCAUUAGUACUUGUGAAAUUAAUUAGUUAAGAGAGAAUACUUUUAGAUAUUUUUUUGUUAUGUUAAAAUGGCGCUAUGAAGCU